AUGGUGACUUUUCCAUUUGCUUCAGUCUCUGGGGACUACAGCAAGCGUGUGUACCAGGGCGUGAGAGUGAAGCACACCGUCAAAGACCUCCUGGCAGAGAAGCGGUCCAGACAGACAAGUAACUCCAGACUCAAUGGCAGUGUCAGCUCCUCCCAGCCUCCGUUCGUCCAGAUGCCAGGCUCGCCAGUCAUGUCAGGUUACUACGGUGUCCGGAGAUCUUUCCUGUCUGACUCCGACUUCCAUAGCAGCAAGCAGUUCUCAAACGACCUCUAUCCCUCCGGCGUGACUAAGCCCUUUGCCUGUGAGUCCUCAGCGGGACAGAGUCACCCGGGCCUGCUGGAGUCCUACCUGGCAGAGCCCUACGGAGACUACCGCCCACCAGCGCUGACCUCCACACCGGGUUCCCUGUUCGGCACCUCAACUCUGCCACCGCUCCUGCCACCUCCGUUCCCUGGCGAUCCAACUCACUUGGUGUUUAGAGACUCCUGGGAACAGACGGUGUCGGAUGGACUCAGCCAACCAGACCCUGUGCCAGCUGAGGUCCUGCAGACCCUGCCACCCAGCACCAGCUGCCUCUCCCAGCUGGAGUCAGGAAGCAGCAACCAACACAGGAGCAUGGGAUGGGGAUCAUCCCUGGCUGGGGCUCAGUCCUACUCACUGCAUUCACUGGAAGAUCUGCACCACACGCCAGGGUACCCCACCCCGUCUUCAUACCCCUUCACUUCGUUCAUGACCAUGUCAAAUGACCUCCCAUCCAAGGUGGUGCCCCUCUCCCCAGAGGAGGGGUCAGACACCUCUUCCCUUCACGAUCCUUCACCUUGGACAAAAGAAGAUGGUAGCAUGACCUGGGGCUCUUACGAAUGCCGGAGAGCCUACUGA